CCAGAGAGACGCGGCUGGGCCUCCACGGCUGUGGAGAGGUCCUGCCACGGGCCUUGUUCACCAUGUCGGUGCUGGAUGCGCUUUGGGAGGAUCGGGAUGUCCGCUUCGACCUGUCCGCGCAGCAAAUGAAAACAAGACCUGGAGAAGUCCUUAUUGAUUGUUUAGAUUCCAUUGAAGACACCAAAGGAAAUAAUGGAGAUAGAGGUAGACUCUUGGUAACAAAUUUAAGAAUUCUCUGGCACUCUUUGGCGUUAUCAAGAGUCAAUGUUUCUGUCGGUUACAAUUGCAUAUUGAAUAUUACAACAAGGACUGCUAACUCUAAAUUACGAGGCCAAACUGAAGCUCUUUAUAUACUAACAAAAUGUAACAGUACUCGUUUUGAAUUUAUAUUUACAAAUUUGGUUCCUGGAAGCCCUAGACUUUUUACUUCUGUGAUGGCAGUACACAGAGCUUAUGAAACUUCUAAAAUGUAUCGUGAUUUUAAAUUAAGAAGUGCACUAAUUCAGAACAAGCAACUAAGACUGUUGCCACAAGAACAUGUAUAUGAUAAAAUAAAUGGAGUAUGGAAUUUAUCCAGUGAUCAGGGCAAUUUAGGAACCUUUUUUAUUACCAAUGUGAGAAUUGUGUGGCAUGCAAAUAUGAAUGAUAGUUUUAAUGUCAGUAUACCAUAUCUGCAAAUUCGUUCAAUAAAGAUUAGAGAUUCAAAAUUUGGUUUAGCUCUUGUCAUAGAAAGCUCUCAGCAGAGUGGUGGAUAUGUUCUUGGCUUUAAAAUAGAUCCUGUGGAAAAACUACAAGAAUCAGUUAAGGAAAUCAAUUCACUUCACAAAGUCUAUUCUGCCAGUCCCAUAUUUGGAGUUGAUUAUGAGAUGGAAGAAAAGCCCCAGCCGCUCGAAGCUCUGACAGUCGAACAAAUUCAAGAUGAUGUAGAAAUAGACUCUGAUGGUCACACGGAUGCUUUUGUGGCUUAUUUUGCUGAUGGCAAUAAGCAACAAGAUCGUGAACCUGUAUUUUCAGAAGAACUGGGGCUUGCAAUAGAGAAAUUGAAGGAUGGAUUCACCCUACAGGGACUUUGGGAAGUAAUGAGUUGAUUGACCUUGAGUUGAGAUGGAUUUCUAUUAAAGAUGUCUCUAGUUUAAAGAUACUAGUCACCUGCCAUAAGUCAUGGAAUAGUUUUUAUAUUUACAGCUUUUAUAUUUAAAACUUGUAAGAGUUUUUUUAAUGAUUGAGGAAAAAGUCAUUUAGAAAACUUCAGUUUUCUAAAAAUUAUAUUUAAAAUUGUAAUCAAAAUGUACCUAGUUUAUAAAUGUUUAUUUUGUACUUAAUACCUGUAAAGUCUUAGUUUUCAGAUAUUAAGUGACUGUAUCAUGUUCGGUUUAAUAAAGAAUUUAUGCAGCACCA